AUGUCUAGCUCCGACGAAGGCGAGAUCAGGGAAAACGGAGUUGAGGUUUCCAAGGCAACUUCACUGCCUCAGACUAAGAGAAACGGUGUUGACCGUCAGGACAGAAGCCAACUCAGCAACACCCGCUCUCCCGAGCAAGGCGACUAUCGGUCUCGAUAUCCCCGUUCACCCCGUGGCUACAAGCGAUCCCGCGACGAUGACCGCGACACAUACCACAGAGGGGGCAGAGGUGGCUCCGACCCGCGACACUUCAGGGUUCACUACGAGGAUGGGCCACAACCACAAAGCCGACAUGCGUACGAGGAUCUAGACCGUCCAGCCUCUCGGGGACGCUAUGAGAGCGCGGACCGUCCAUCCGGUCACCGCCAAUACGACUCAAGAGAUCGUCCGUCCGGCGCGUCUCGAUACGACAACCGCGAUCGCGAUUAUGGGCGGGCUGACAAGCGACCCCGCACUCGCAGUCCAUCUCCCUACAGACACAGCCGUGGCGACGGAAGGGACAGGCAUCAGAGAGGCAAAUGGGAUGCUGACGGCCCCGGCCGGAAUCGUCUAGGCGAGCAGAUUGAAAAUACCAGGAACGGUGCACAAACUGCUAAGCAAGUACGGGAUGACACCGCAUCCAAGCGGUCCCCUGAGGCUGGAGCCAAAUCUGUUUCCAAAGAAGUUGCUAAAUUUGAUCAAGGUGCUACGGAUGAGCGCAUGGCUGAGGGCACCUCGCAUCUGCACAUAAAAGACUCUCCAAAUGCCGCCAAGGAGUCGAGACCAGAGCCAGACGAAGACUGGGAUGCACCAACCCCUCUCGACGAAGAAGCCGAAAUCGAGCGGCGAAGACGUCGCCGGGAAGCGCUCCUAAGAAAGUCUCGCGCCUCGACCCCUUUGCUUGUCCAGGCUGUCCAGGCUAACAAACAUGACCACACUGUCGAAACUCCUUCAGAGGCGGCCACGCCACAGAAGACUCCCAGGACUCCUGCAUCUGGCGCGGCUUCGCCUGCCGGGCGCACUCAGGGUAGCCUGUCUCCAGAGGCUCUCGCCGUCGCAAAUGACCGAGAGCUGAUCAACACUCAUGGAGAUGUCAAGGCUACCGAAGAAGAUGGACCGUCGGCAGCAGACUACGAUCCGACUAUCGAUAUGUGGGAAGACGAGCGCCGAGAUGAGAUGCGCAACGGGAACAUCGGUCUGCAUGGCGAGGGCCGCCGCGAGUCUGUGGAUGCGUCAGGCAAGGAUGAGCCAAUGAAUACGACGGAAGCUGAGAACGAAGAUGACGAUGACUUUGACAUGUUUGCAGAAGACUUCGACGAGGAGAAGCUCGCUGCGCCGAAGUCUGCGCCGAAAGCCAAGGCUCCUACCGAAGACCCUAUCGCUUUGCAAGGAGGCAAAGGGGGCGGCAUCCUCGAGGACGACGACAAGGACGGUUAUUACAAGAUACGGCCAAGCGAGAUCUUGAACGGCCGGUACCAGGUUCAGUCAGGUCUCGGAAAGGGUAUGUUCUCUGGUGUCGCCAGGGCCGUUGACAUCACAACCAAGAAAUUGGUUGCCAUCAAAAUUAUGAGGAACAACGAUGCGUUGAAGAAGGGUGGCUUCACCGAGAUUGCCAUCCUUCAGAAGCUUAACUCGGCUGAUCCAGAGAACAAGAAGCACAUUGUCAAGUUCGAGCGCUCGUUCGAGCACAAGGGCCAUCUGUGCAUGGCCUUUGAGAACCUCAGCUUGAACCUGAGAGAGGUUCUGAAGAAGUUCGGCAACAACGUCGGCAUCAACCUCCACGCGACGAAGGCAUAUGCCUAUCAGACUUUCUUGGCAUUAGCACACAUGCGCAAAUGCAGCAUCAUUCACGCGGAUUUGAAGCCUGACAACAUUCUGGUCAACGAGCAGCGCAACAUCCUCAAAAUUUGCGACUUGGGCACGGCCAUCGAUCGAACUGACGCAGCGACAGCACACAAUGAGAUCACUCCCUACCUCGUCAGUAGAUUCUACCGGGCUCCCGAGAUUAUUCUUGGAAUGCCAAAUGACUAUGCCAUCGACAUGUGGUCCAUCGGCUGCACACUGUACGAGCUCUACACGGGCAAGAUUCUAUUUACGGGUGAUAGCAACAAUCAGAUGCUGCGUGCCAUCAUCGAGAUCAGGGGCAAAAUGAGCGCCAAGCUCUAUCGCCGGGGUCAACUCUGGCAGAUGCACUUUGACGACAUGGGAAACUUUGUCAGUCAGGAGAGGGAUAAGGUCUUGGGAAAGGUGCGCUACAAUUUUCUUUCCGUCUCUCGUCUUUUUGGGCACACCCCUCGUCACCUGCACUACGACAGCAUGAAGCACGGUCAUGCAUAA